AAAAGAUUGUUUUGAAAAGAAAAAGAAAAUGGCAAAAUGGAAUGUGAUAAUGGUGAUAAUGUUGGUGAUGAUUGCUGCGAUAGGAGGAGAAGCAAGACAUAUUCAUAAACAUAGUCAUGGAAGGACUUGGAUAGGUUGCUUUCGGUAUUGUUCUCGCAAUUGCACUGAUUUUGAUGGAAAUUGCUUUGAAAAUUGCAAGAUCAAAUGUGGUGGUCCUACCCCUCCAAAAACCAGUUCAAGGAAUUCACAUGGGAAGAAUAAUACGUACAAUGAGGAAAUUGAGGUUCGAGGAAAGAGAAAUUGAUCAACGGAGACUCAUGCAGUAGAUACCAAUACUUAUACUCAUAUCACUAUAUUUUACUACAUCACUUGUGUUCCUUUACUAAGAAGUGUUGUUGUUUCGUGGAAGUUCAAUAAAAAGACCAUUCAAACAUAGAGGCUAGCUUUUCAUAAACAAUAUCAUUUCCAAUCAAAACCUAUAUAUAUA